UUCUCUCAUUUGCCAGCAGUUGGCGUUGCGUGUACCGACGCGUAGCUGUCAAAACAAAGAGAAAAUUUUGUCUGCAAAAACAAGAAGAAAAGUCCACUUUUCUCAGCAUUUUCACGGGCAUUUUUGUGUUGUACUGUGUGUGAUUUUGUAGCUUGAAGCACCAUGGAUCGCAACAUGAGGCAAGUGGCAUUCGUUAGGCACGCGCGCGGAGGCUCUAAUGUCUACAACAAUUUUAGGCCACGAGACCACAGAGAUUCAGGGAGGCUUCCGGAGCCCAUCCGGGAGACUCACCAUGAUGAACUUAUCAAAUACAUUCAAGAGGCUUGGACAAAGGUCAGUGAACAGGGAUCUCCAGUUCUCUACAAAAGUGUACCUGAAUCUCGACUUGCAAAUUUCACACCAUUCGAUUUGGAGAGUUGGUGGGGUAGGAGGAUGGUGCAGAAUGUCCAAAAGACGUGUCCCCAUCAAUAGGAAGGAAAUGGGGGGAUUGGAGAAAAACGACGAUUUCUUUGGAUUGAUUUUUAUUCCAUUGUGCUUCUGGGAGGCAAAAAGAAAGCGAGAUUUACACUCUUUACAUCUUGGAUAUAAUUUUUUUAAGGAAUAGAUCCUAUUUUGUAUUCCAUACUGGGUCUGUAAGUAGCAUAUACUUUGCUAUAUUCAACAAAAAGAAGCUAGAAAAAAGAAAAGCAUUUCCGGGUAUCAAAUAAUUGAAGAAGAAAAAAAAAACAGUUUUCCCACUUUGAUGACAAGACUUUUUGAUUGUAUCUCAAUUUUUUCUCUAUUUUCUUUCUUCAAGUAUUACUGUUAUGACUCUAAAUUAUAUUUUAUUUUAUACCUGAUCAUAUUUUUUUUCAAAGAAAAUAAAGAGAAUCGUUCAUUUACA